AUGGCUAUAAUAAAUUCACUAUACUUAUAUUGUACUGGGUGGAAAGCAACACAACAAACAUAUCAGUAUUGUAGAAAUCCUUUACAUCAUCAUAAAAAGCUUUUCAAUCCAAGACAAUGUGGGUCGAAUUCAAUUCAUUUACUAUCAAGACUUAUUUCUAAAAGUAAUAAUGGAAGUAUUUAUGGUUGUAAUAUGCGUAACAACAAUCAUACUGAUAAUAUUAGUAAUUCCAAAAAUUCAAAAACAAUAAAUUCAAGUUAUCCAACAAGUAUCAUGAACUGUGAACAAGACUCAUUACGAGACAUUAAGUUCUGUUCCAAUUAUUCUGAAAAUACAAAGUUUGGAUUAAUGAAAAUUAUACGUACUUGUAAUCUAAUGGGUUUUCUAUUAAAUGAUAAACAAAUUUGUUCAAGGCAUUUUGAAUUGAUCAAAUUAUUUAUGGAACAGUUACAAACAGUAAUAAAACAUUUAGAAAAAGAUAUUGAUGAUAAAUUAAAAAACUUAGUAAAUUUUAGUAUAGAUAUAUUUUCGGAGAAAAUUGUCAGUAAAGGAUCAAAAUAUUUGAGGACUAUAAUUAAUUGUCCGAAUGUGAUAGAUUAUCAUCAACUGGCAGAUGUAACAUAUUCAGAUUCUUCCUUUCAAGUUUAUCCAACUAAGUGUGUACUUGAAUCCAUAUCAUCAUUGUCUUCUGACUCAUGUUCAUUACCUCUAUUCUGUUCCACAAACUACUUGUCCUCCACUUCCUCUUCAUCAUCAUCAUCGUCAUUAUUGUCACCUUUAUCUUCACCACUUACAUAUUCGACUUGUACAUCAGUCUCUAACAAUCCAGUUCAAUCACCAGAAGAAACUGCAGAAAACUUAAAUUUUAAACAAAUCGCAACUUAUCAUUGUCAAACUUUAAACAAUUUAAAUAAACAUGUAGGACUUGAAAAUAAACAGAUUAAUGAUAAGCUGUUUGUGUAUCAUCCAGUUAAUUUUAAUGACGAGGAAUACAAGAAACAAAAUAGUUCAUCGAAAAAAUCUGUGGGAGAGCAGAAGAUUCACUUAUGUUUAUUUAAUAGCAAAUCUCACAUGAGAAACUCUCCAGUCCAUGGUUGUUCACAGCAUUAUUCAAAAAGAAACAAACAGAGUGAGAUUGAAAAUUGUAAAACCAAUCUGAAUGAAAUUUAUCCUCAUGCAGUUUCACGCCGACCAAGUGUACGUGAUAUUUUAAGUCAACGAAAAAACGUUCAUCCACAUUGUGAAAAGAACCAACAACAAGAUAAGCAACAAAUCCAUUUGUUUGAUCAGUCUUCUAAAAAUUGCACUGAUGAUAACAUAUUUAAAAGUAUAAAAACUAGCUUCUGUAUAUCAAAUGGCCAUAUCGAUUGUCAUCAUUCUAAUUUAUGUCUAAGUCGUUCAGAUUAUUUAUUUUCUGAAAAUAAUUUAAAUAUGGGUGUUGUGGCACCGCCAAAUUUGAAUCCAUUUGCAUCAUAG